AUGGGAGAUCUUGGUUGGCCACCUUUUGUCCCAUUAUGGGUGAACCCUAACGAUCAUAUCUCCCUUUGCUCUGCACUGAGAAUCAAGAAGAUCAACAUGAAACCAAAUUCCCAGAAGAUCGAUCUGAUGUUUCACAAGAACAAACAGCCAAAGAAUAGGCGGCAGAACCCACCUGGCCUGCAAGAAGAUUACGAUGAUAUUCAAAAGAAGCUCAUCCGAAGGUACAUGGAAAGACAAAGGAGGCAAGAAAUGGCCGAUCUUUCGGCUUCCAUGAGAUCCUUACUCCCUCUCGAGUACAUCAAGGGGAAGCGAUCGGUAUCAGAUCACUUAAAUGAGGCUGCCAAGUACAUCAAACACCUACAAAAGAGGAUCGAGGAACUGAGUGGUGAGAGGGACAAGCUAAGGAUGAUGUGCAAUUUGAAUGUUGAUGACCCUAAGAUUACAACCUUAAGCAAAGCUACAGCUCAAGACCCACCAACAAAUGUUAUUUCUGUUACUCGAAGUUUGGCUGGCGUUGAGGUUUUUCUCAGCACAGCACAAAUGUUGCCUCUGUCAAAACUAUUGGAUUUACUACUCAAAGAGGGGUUGAGUGUUGUUCAUUGUGCUCAUACAAAAGUAGAAGAAAGGCAGAUCUAUACCAUCCACGCGGAGGUUUCUGAUUUAAUUGGGAUCAAACCCUCUGCAUUACAAAGAAAACUAGCAGAAUCCAUUCCGUCUUCAAGUCACUCUUCUCUCCAAAUGUUAAACCUCCUUCAUUUUGUGUAUAUUUGA